GGGGGCGCCCAGGGCCACCAUGGGCCUGCUCAAGGGCCUCCUCGGGGCGCGAAACCUGCUGCUCGUCAUCUUCGUGCCGCUCCUGCUGCUGCCCCUGCCCAUGCUCCACCCCAGCAGCGAGGCUGCGUGUGCUUACGUGUUGAUCGUGACCGCUGUGUACUGGGUGUCUGAGGCCGUGCCUCUCGGAGCUGCAGCGCUGGUGCCUGCCUUCCUGUACCCGUUCUUCGGAGUCCUCCGGUCCAGCGAGGUGGCCGCGGAGUACUUUAAGAACACCACGCUGCUGCUGGUGGGCGUCAUCUGCGUGGCGGCUGCCGUGGAGAAGUGGAACCUGCACAAGCGCAUUGCUCUGCGCAUGGUCAUGAUGGCCGGAGCCAAGCCGGGCAUGCUGCUGCUCUGCUUCAUGUGCUGCACCACGCUGCUGUCCAUGUGGCUCUCCAACACGUCCACCACCGCCAUGGUGAUGCCCAUCGUGGAGGCCGUGCUGCAGGAGCUGGUCAGUGCCGAGGAGGAGCAGCUCGUGGCCGGCAGCUCCAGCACCGAAGAGGCCGAGCCCAUCAGUCUUGAAGCAAACAACAGCCAGCCCUCUCUGGAACUCAUCUUUGUCAAUGAAGACACAUCGACUGUAGACUUCACCUCGCUGAUGCAUAGCAAGAACGUGAAUGGUAUGCCCACGAUCACCAGCCCGGGCAAAACAGCAAAUCCCCAGGGCAAGAAGCAGCACCGGUCCCAGGAAAAGCCACUCGUCCUGCUCCCCGGCCCCAGGAACCAGGAGCUCAACAGGAGGUACAAGUCCCAGCAUGACCAGAUGAUCUGCAAGUGCCUCUCACUGAGCAUAUCUUACGCUGCUACCAUUGGAGGCCUGACCACCAUCAUCGGCACGUCCACCAGCCUGAUUUUCUUGGAACACUUCAACAACCAGUACCCAGCUGCGGAGGUGGUCAACUUCGGCACCUGGUUCCUCUUCAGCUUCCCCAUCUCCCUCAUCAUGCUGGUGGUCAGCUGGUUCUGGAUGCACUGGCUGUUCCUCGGCUGCAAUUUUAGAGAGACCUGCUCUCUAAGCAAGAAGAAGAAGACCAAAAGGGAAGAGGUGUCAGAGAAAAGAAUCCAAGAGGAAUAUGAAAAGCUGGGAGCCAUUAGCUACCCUGAAAUGGUAACUGGAUUUUUCUUCAUCCUGAUGACGGUGCUGUGGUUUACCCGGGAGCCUGGCUUUGUUCCUGGCUGGGAUUCUUUCUUUGAAAAGAAGGGCUACCGCACCGACGCCACCGUCUCUGUUUUCCUCGGCUUCCUGCUCUUCCUGAUCCCAGCAAAGAAGCCCUGCUUUGGAAAGAAGAGUGACGGACAGAACGAAGAGCCCUCACUGGGGACAGAGCCCAUCAUCACCUGGAAGGACUUCCAGAAGACCAUGCCCUGGGAGAUCGUCAUUCUGGUGGGAGGAGGCUACGCUCUGGCUUCUGGCAGCAAGAGCUCUGGCCUCUCCACGUGGAUUGGGCACCAGAUGUUGUCUCUGAGUGGCCUCCCACCGUGGGCUGUCACCCUGUUGGCAUGCAUCCUUGUGUCCAUUGUCACAGAGUUCGUGAGCAACCCAGCCACCAUCACCAUCUUCCUGCCCAUCCUGUGCAGCCUGUCUGAAACGCUGCACAUUAAUCCACUCUACACUCUGAUCCCAGUCACCAUGUGCAUCUCCUUUGCAGUGAUGCUGCCUGUGGGCAAUCCCCCCAAUGCCAUCGUCUUCAGCUAUGGGCACUGCCAGAUCAAAGAUAUGGUGAAAGCUGGCCUGGGGGUCAAUGUCAUUGGCCUGGUGAUCGUCAUGGUGGCCAUCAACACAUGGGGUGUUAGCCUCUUCCACUUGGACACUUUUCCUGCCUGGGCGAAGGUCAGUAACAUCACUGAUCAGGCCUAACACAGGUGGGCAAACGGUCCAACUGAAGGAGCUGCCAGCACCUACCAGAAUCUGACCAAGAGGCCAAGAAAGCCACCAGGAGCACACAACCGACACCAGAAGAUUCUGCCGUCUGCCACCUCAAGUGAAGUGCAGCAAGCCUCCGACAACCAAAACACAUGCCUGCAUGUUAGUGCCUUCUGCUCUGCACUCCCUCCUUAGCACCCUAGUUCAGGGAAACCUGUGGUCUUUCUCACUUCCUGUAUCUUGAGCUCUCCAAUUCUUUCUGAAGACCGGAAGAGAAAAAAACCUUAGUUACCCCUCAGAGGCUAAGCCUCACAAACUAGCCUCACUAGGUUUAUUCUUAAUAUCUUAACCACUUUUUAGGAACUGAGGGGAAAUCCAAAUCAUCCUCCCUACGCACAAAUAAUGAAACCAGUUACAUCUCCUCUUUUGGAGGAAAAUCUCCCCCCAGAAUUUUCCCUUCAGUGUUUCUAUCCUAAGCUCUCACCACAAAAAGGCAAUCUUGAUUAAGUCCUCUUUGUGGCAAUCAGUACUCUUUUAUCAUUACUUAAGCAUCUCCCUCCAGUGGCUUCUCUCUACCUUUGGCACCAAAUUCCCAUAAAGAAAUAGUAUCCUCCUUUAGAAUGGGGUGA